UUCAUUCAGCCCCUAAAGAACUAGCAGUAUCCAAGGGACAAGAAGAGGAACCUGAUAGCCUAGUUAAAUAUUUCAGUGUUGUUUGGUGUAAGGCUUCAAAGAAAAAACACAAAAAGUGGGAAGGUGAUGCUGUUCUUAUUAUAAAAGGAAGGUCAUUUACAUUAAAGAAUUUGGAAGGCAAAGACAUUGGAAGAGGCAUUGGAUAUAAAUUCAAAGAGCUUGAAAAGAUUGAAGAGGGCCAAACACUGAUGAUUGGUGGAAAAGAAAUAGAAGUCAUGGGUAUAAUCUCUCCAGAUGACUUCAGCAGUGGCAGGUGUUUUCAGUGUGGAGUAGGAAGUCCUGCUAUCCAAAGUUCUUCUCAGGCUUCCAGGAAGUGUUUCUCUAACCCUUUCAAAAGUGUCUGUAAACCAAGUUCAAAGGAAGAUAGAGAGAAUGAUUUCCAAAAUUGCAAACCACGCCAUGAUCCAUAUACACCAAAUUCCCUUGUUAUGCCACGACCAGACAAGAAUCAUCAGUGGAUGUUCAAUAAGAACUGUUUCCCUCUUGUGGAGGUAGUGAUAGAUCCUCACCUUGUAUAUCAUCUUCGACCACAUCAGAAAGAAGGAGUCAUAUUCCUUUAUGAAUGUGUGAUGGGAAUGAGAAUGAAUGGCAAAUAUGGAGCUAUUCUUGCUGAUGAAAUGGGUUUAGGGAAAACAUUGCAAUGUAUCUCGCUCAUCUGGACCCUACAGUGUCAGGGACCCUAUGGAGGCAAGCCAGUAAUAAAGAAGACACUUAUUGUCACACCUGGAAGCUUGGUAAAUAAUUGGAGGAAAGAAUUUCAAAAAUGGCUGGGAAGUGAAAGGAUCAAGGUAUUUACUGUAGAUCAGGACCACAAAGUUGAAGAAUUCAUCAAAGCUACCUUUUAUUCUGUUCUUAUCAUCAGUUAUGAAAUGUUACUCCGUUCCCUGGAUCAAAUUAAGAAUAUAAAAUUCGAUCUUCUAAUCUGUGAUGAGGGGCAUCGUUUGAAGAAUAGUGCCAUUAAGACAACUACAGCCCUCAUUAGCCUCUCCUGUGAGAAAAGAAUAAUUCUAACUGGUACUCCAGUUCAGAAUGAUCUGCAAGAAUUUUUUGCAUUAAUAGAUUUUGUAAAUCCAGGAAUAUUAGGCUCUUUGUCAUCUUACAGGAAAAUAUAUGAAGAACCCAUCAUUUUAUCGAGAGAACCUUCUGCUUCUGAGGAAGAGAAGGAGUUAGGAGAGAGAAGAGCAACUGAACUUACUUGCCUCACUGGACUCUUUAUUCUUAGAAGAACCCAAGAAGUCAUAAAUAAAUAUCUUCCCCCUAAAAUAGAGAAUGUAGUCUUUUGCCGGCCAACAGCACUACAGAUUGAGCUUUAUCGAAAACUGUUGAAUUCUCAGGCUGUCAGGUUCUGUCUUCAAGGGUUGUUGGAAAAUAGUCCUCAUCUAAUAUGUAUAGGAGCUCUUAAAAAACUGUGCAAUCAUCCAUGCCUUUUAUUCAGCUCUAUAAAGGAAAGAGAAUGUAACUCAACUUGUGAUGACAAUGAAGAAAGGAGUCUAUACGAAGGCUUGCUAAAUGUGUUUCCGGCUGAUUACAGCCCUCCCCAGUUUACUGAGAAGGAGUCAGGAAAACUACAGGUGCUCUUAAAGCUCUUAGCAGUUAUCCAUGAACUUCGACCUACUGAGAGGGUGGUAUUGGUAUCCAACUAUACACAAACUUUGAAUAUUUUACAAGAAGUGUGCAAGCGUCAUGGAUAUGCUUAUAGAAGACUUGAUGGACAAACGCCAAUCUCUCAAAGGCAGCAAAUUGUUGAUGGCUUUAAUAGUAAAUACUCUUCUGAUUUUAUUUUUUUGUUAAGUUCAAAAGCUGGUGGUGUGGGACUUAACCUUAUAGGAGGAUCUCACUUAAUUCUCUAUGACAUUGAUUGGAAUCCAGCCACUGAUAUCCAGGCAAUGUCUAGAGUAUGGAGAGAUGGUCAGAAACAUCCUGUACAUAUUUACAGACUCCUAACCACAGGUACAAUAGAAGAAAAAAUCUAUCAAAGGCAGAUUAGUAAGCAAGGUCUUUCUGGGGCCGUUGUAGACCUAAACAAGACAUCUGAACAUAUUCAGUUUUCUGUAGAAGAACUUAAAAAUUUGUUUACAUUACAUGAAAGUUCAUGUUGUGUAACUCAUGACCUGCUUGACUGUGAGUGCACAGAAGAAAAAGAUCAUACAGGUGAUUCGUGCGAAAAAUUCACUCUCUCUAGACAUUGUCAGCUUGGUCCACAUCACCAGAAAUCUGACUCCCUGAAACCUCUUUCUAUGUCCCAGCUGAAGCAGUGGAAACAUUUUCCUGGAGAUUAUUUAAAUCUUACAGAUCCUUUUCUUGAAAGAAUAAGAGAAAAUGUGUCAUUCUUUUUUCAGAAUAUAACCAAUCAAGCAACUGCCAAAUAAUGAAAGAGGAUUACUUCAUGAUAUUCCUUUGUUCCUGUUUAAAAAAUUAUUGUAGUAAUUAAGUGUAAUUUUUGAAAAAUCAUAGAAUUAUUUAAAUUAUAAUGUAUUUUAUUGCAUAAUAUAUCAUAAUUUUGAUAUAGUCAAAAUUGAGUUUAAUUUUUUGUAUAUAUUCUUAAAUGUUGAAAAUGAAACAUUAAAGACAUGCUUCUAUCAU